UGAAGGUAUCAAAAGGGAAAUCGCCGAACAGGAAGAACGAAGGGGCCGCAACCAGCACCUGAACAUGGCGAGCAGAUCAAUCGCUUCGAUUGGUAGUUCAUGGAAGCAGUUGUCUUUUAACUUAACCAGAAGAACCUUGAGCACAUCUACGCCUGCUUCUGCAUCGCCUUCUGCUUCAAACCCUAGUACAUCAGUUUCAAAAUCGAAAAGAAAGAAGAAGAAAAACUUGUUUGAGGUGGCCCAGUUUCUUCCUAAUUGGGGAAUCGGUUAUCAAAUGGCUAAGACGCACUGGUCUGGCGUCGCUUAUCAGAUCACCAAGAUUAAUCUCUACAAGGAUGGUAAGCAUGGGAAGGCUUGGGGAAUCGUUCACAAAGACGGUAUAGCAGCUGCUGAUGCUCCAAAGAAAAUUAGUGGUGUUCACAAGCGUUGUUGGAAGUACAUUCCUAACUCAAAUAAAACUCAACAAAUCAUCACACCAGAAUCUCAAUCAGAAACACAAGUUCAAAAUCAAACCACAUGAUUAUUAGUUACCCUAUUAUGCCAACUUAGAGGAUCAUUUUCUUAGAGAAAUCACACAAGCUUAGAUGCAAUUGAUGUUUCCUUUUCUUGAAAAAUCUUAUUUUUAUCUUUAAUCUUUUGCUACCAAUCAGGUUGCAUGUAAACCUCUUUUUCAUGUUUCUACAUUUGGUAUUUAUCAAAGUCUCAAGCUUUGCUUUUGAUGGCA